UUUUUUAUAGUUUUAACACAUAUCAAAGUUCUUAAAAAAGUUUGUAGUCCUCUUUGAUAGUUUUCUCUUCUUUUCUCCUAACAACUCUUCUUAAAACCAAGGAACAAAAUCAGUGUGCUGCUGAAAGUCGCAAACGAUCAACUCUCAUUUCUCUAUAAAAACACUCCAUUUAGUAACACAUGGGAUCUAACUCUAGCUCGACUACAGAUACAGUUGUGACUAUUGAUGUUCAUAAAACUAAGGAGCUUGUUUCCCAUUCUGGUCACCGUUACCUUGAUGUCCGAACAACAGAAGAAUUUAACAAAGGUCAUGUUGAUGUAGAAAAUCCUCUUAACAUUCCUUACAUGUUCAACACACCCCAAGGUAGAGUUAAAAAUCCUGAGUUCCUAGAACAAGUUACAUCCGCCUGCAACAAGGAUGAUCAUCUAAUAGUGGGUUGUCAAAGUGGGGUUAGGUCACUUGAUGCAUCUGCUGAUCUUCUCAAGGCUGAAUUCAAGCAUGUAAGUAACAUGGGAGGAGGAUAUGCCGCAUGGAUGCAGAAUGGCUUAGCUGUGAAGAAGCCUGAUCAAGCUUGAAUUUGCGAUGUUCUGUUUCCUAGUGCCAACUCUCAAUGCUUUGUUCUGGGUUGGCCCAACCUACCAGUCUACUACUCACCUAACACUGUAUAAUGUGGGUGUCGUUGUAAUUUCGACAUAUGUCCAUUCCAUUGUACUCCCUCCGUUUCUAAAAAAUAGGCUUGUUUGAUUUUCACAAAAAUUAAAAAAACUAAUUAUUGGAGCCA